AAUGGGAUCAUCUUGUUGCGCUUAACAAGUUGCUGAAGAGCAAGAUAAUGAAUUAGAAAAUAAGUACAAGUACGAUCCUAACAAAUAACCAGCCAAGGGAGCUUUUAAGAAAUAAAAUGAGGACAAAAAAAUGGUCAAGUUUCCAACCAGAGUACGAUAAGAGGAUGAUGAAAAACAUAAGGGUGAGGAAGAGAGUCAGAUUGGCAAUCCUCUAAUUGAAGAAAGCGUUGUUGCGCCUGAUGCUAAAUCUCAUAAGUCACAACACACAUAGAAAUCUCAUUAAAAUAAUAAAAGAGGAUUAUUUAGCAAGCAGGUAAGUUAAUUUGUAAAAUGCGAAGAUGAUUGAUU